UCGUCAGAAUUUUCAUACAGAAUGACGAUAAAGACGCAAGGCAUUUGCCUGUAGGAUCAACGCAUCAAUGCAAUUCGUACUUCUCCGUACUCUUUGGAGAAUUCGACAAACUCAUCAGAAUUUUCGCACAGAAUGGCGCGAUCAGACGAAUAAAUGCAUUAAUGGAAGAUGACAACCUUAUCGUUGGCGAUCCAUUCUGUACCCUAGAUGUCACGAGACCUCUGCGAAGAUUACACUAUCCAAUUUCGAUAUUCGUUGGCGAUCCAUUCUGUACCCUAGAUGUCACGAAACCUCUGCGGAUAUUCCAUUAUCCAAUUUCAAUAAUUACAAUACAUUACAGGUUUCUUAGAUUGUUUAGUCAAUUGACUCAAUCCAUGAAAAUAACGGUCCAAAGAUGGCGACGAAUACGACGCAUUGACGAGGAAAGAAAAGGAUAGAGAAGACUCACUUUGUAGAAUGUUAAAAUAGGGUUUUCCCGUCUCCAGAGGAUAAACGAGACAGCCCUAAUGGGAAAUUGCAGAUCCAGCGAUUCGGAGCCAGUACGGACGGCGAAGCUCGUGAUCUUCCCGGACGGCGCGCUCCAAGAAUUCUCCUCGCCGGUGAAGGUCGCCGACGUGCUGCGGUGGAACCCGGAGUGUUUCGUCUGCAACUCCGACGAGAUGGAAUUCGAAGAACCCGUUUCGGCCGUAGGCGUCGACGAGGAGCUUCAAGCCGGGCAGCUUUACUUCGUCCUGCCGCUGAGUUGGCUCGCACAGCCGCUGCAGGCGGCGGACAUGGCUGCCUUGGCUGUCAGAGCCAGUCAGGCUCUGACGGCGGGCGGUGGCGGACAGAAGUGUGGAUGCUUCUGUAGAAGGGUGGAUUCUUUGGUGGUUUUUGAAGAGAAAGAUGCCCAGUCGGGACGAAGACUUGUCGCCGCCGGUGGCCGCGGCGCCGGCGGGAAGCCCGUGAGUUGGCCAGAAAUUUGAGUAUGAUAUUGGAGGAGUAAGAAUGGGCCAAUGGCGACGGUAUCUUAAUUCUAAAUUCAUUUUAUUUUAUGGAAAAUAAUCUUUUUAUAUUAAAAUAUGCAGCCAUAAUUAUAUUCUUAUAAAUAAUUAACAUAAGAUGCAGCAUGUAAUUAAUUAUUGUUAUUAAACUCACAAUUAGAUCAAUUAGGCUCAUAAUCAAAGUCAAGAUUGGAUUGUCAAUAAGAUCACUUCUAUUUCCUAGUCCACAAGUUUAGAUGCCAUGGAAGAAGCUUUUCAAAAGCUAGCUAGCGAAGGAAGACCAAAGAGGCAGACUUGAAGAAAGAAGGAGAAGAAGAUUCACAUUAAGGCAUGUAUUGUUCUCCAAAUAUUUAAUUACAAUAUUAUUUGUUGUUUAAGAGUUUAGGCUAACUCCACUCGUUAGUUUUUAAGAUUUGAAGUGUUACUUGAAGUUCUGAAUAUCGAGUUUUUGUCGAGACUCAUUUAUUCAUUUAAUUCUCAAAUUUUAAGAUUUGAAAUGUUACAUCAAAUUUCGAGUAUUGAGUUC